AUGAUUGCCGGUGAUGAGGAGGUAGGAAACAACACUACAGGUAUUUCUGAUGAAAAGGUAAUUCCUGCCAAGCGCAGGGAUAUUCAAGGCCUCAGAGGAAUUGCCAUAAUCUACGUCCUUGCUUUUCACCUGUAUCCUCAGCGGUUUCCUUAUGGUUUCCUUGGCGUUGACAUAUUCUUUGUUAUUUCUGGUUAUCUUAUGACGAUGAUUUUGCUCAGAAAAAAAACCUUUACUUUAAUAGGUCUUCUGACCUUCUACAAAAAACGAGUUAAACGGAUACUUCCAGCAUAUUAUUCACUGCUUUUCUUGGUACUCACAUUUGGCUAUUACCUGCUGACCACAAAAGACUACGCCAUUGUACAGAAAGACUCUAUUUGGGCUGCUGGCUUUCUCACAAACGUACACAAGUACUUCCAAGACCUAGACUAUUUUGCUGAGAUUUCAAACUACGACUUUCUUCUGCACACUUGGUCACUGGCAGUUGAAAUUCAAUUUUAUAUGAUUGUUCCAGUUCUCAUGCUGCUCUUGUCUAUACCAUUUGCAGGAAAAAUCUUAUGGUCCUCUUUCUUUGCUGCUUCUCUGUGCUACAACAUUGUAGCUGUUGGACCUCUUCAGUUUUCUUCUUUGCCGAGUCGAACAUGGCAGUUUAUAUGCGGUGGAGCAGCUAACAUUCUGCCAAUCGGUAAUUGA